AUGGGUGCCAUCGUCGGCUCCAGCAAGUACGCAGACGCCCUGCGCAAGCAGGUGGUGGCAGCUGCCCGUGACACGGUGCGUCGCGCGGUGCUCGUGAUCGGCGAACCAGGCAUGCGGCCCGGCCGCGUGGCGGCCCUCAUCCACUACGCCAGCAAGGCGCGAAAAGGGCUCAUGGCGGAGGUCGACUGCGCACUCAUUCACGGAGAGGAGGUGCUAGCAUCCAGGGUGUUUGGCCGCGGGGCGGCCAGGGGGCUUCUGGACUGGCUGGGGGAGGACGGCACUCUGCUGAUCAACAAUGUGGAGCUGAUCGACCUCCUGGAGGCUGCCCCCUGGCUGCGGGCUCUGCUGAGGAGCGAGGCGUGGCCCGAGGCCCUCAACCACGGCUUCACCAAGUACGCCUUUGCAUUUGUCCUGGCAGGCCUCACCUUUGGGCCCCAGGACCGCGACCACAACGGACUCCUUAACAUGUUCUGGGCAUGGUGGUGGCCGGGAGUGUACCUGGCAUACCCCUUUGUGGGCCGCGUCUGGUGCAGCCUCUGCCCCUUCAUGAUAUGGGGGGAGGCCGCGCAGCGCUGGCGCGUCGCGCACGGCGCGCAGCUUAAGAAGUGGCCAAAACAGGAGAUGGAGUCGUAUGGCGUCUGGGCCAUGGUGGCGCUCUUCGCGGGCAUCCUCGUGUGGGAGGAGGCGUGGGACCUGCCGCACAGCGGGGCGUUGAGCGCCGCGCUGCUGGCGCUGAUCACGGCGGGCGCGGUGGCGACCUCGGUUGUGUACGAGAAGAGAAUGUGGUGCAGGUACCUGUGCCCCAUCGGCGCCAUGAACGGCUUGAUGGCCAAGCUGUCAAUGACAGAGGUGCGCGGCCGCAACGGCGUGUGCCGCGGCAGCUGCUCCUCCUAUGCCUGCCUAAAAGGCGGCCCUGGCCAGGGCGACGAGGGCCUGGCGUCUGAGGGCUGCCCGAUGCAGUUCCACAGCGCAAAGCUGCAGGACAAUUCGUCCUGCAUCAUGUGCAUGAGCUGCCUCAAGGCCUGCCCCAACGGCUCUGUCCAGCUGCGGCUGAGGCCCCCUGGGAGCGACCUGUGGACAACCCAUGUGCCCUCCGCCCACGAGGCCUGCGUCAUGUUCAUGCUGCUCGGGUCGGCGUACCUCCACAGGCUCCCCGCCCUCGCCCACCAGCUCGGCCUGGACCCCGCCGUCUUUGCCGCGCGCCCCGCCCACAUCGCCGCCUCCCUCGCGGUCCUCGCCGCGCCCGGCCUCCUCGCCUGGGCCGCCGACGCCGCCGGCCGCGCCGCGGCCGCGGCUGCCGGGCCCGCCGUGGCCGCCGGCGACUCGCCCGCCGACGACGCGCCCGCUGUGGCGCCGCCGUUCCUGCGGAUGGCUUAUGGAUACCUCCCCCUGGUUUGGGGCGGCGUGCUGGCGACCUACGAGGACAACCUGAUGCGCGAGGCCGGCACCAUCCUCCCCGCCACCGCCCACCUACUUGGCCUGUCCGCCGCCGCGCCCGCGCUGCCCGCCGCCGCGGCCAGCCCCGGCGCCGUCGCGUUCGCGCAGGGCGCGACGCUGCUCGCGUCGCUCGCGGCCAGCCUCGCGCUGACGGGUAGGCUGGCGGGGAGGGCGCCCUGGAGGGCGGGGGCGCCGCAGGUCUUGAUGACGGCCAUUUUUUUCGGCGAGCUCUGGGCCGUGGUCGUCGCCAACUAG